GUUUGCCUGUGUGUACGCGUGUGUGUAUGCGCGUGCGUUCUCUCUCUCGUGGAUUUGAUUUGGCGACCGGGGAAGAGAGUUCCUUUUGUCAGUGUGGACGUACACGGCGGUGUUCUUCUUUCUUUCUUCCGUUUAUCUUCUUCACAGAGCCGUCAGCGGUCACCAGGUGGAAGUGUGGGGGGCGAGCAAUCCUUUUCGUUCUCCGCCACACAACUGGCGCAUUCUCCUGCGCACGCUCUCCAUUUCCACCACGUCCUUUCUUCUUGGCUGGGUAACGUCGUUGUAGGACAUAUUAUACCAAAAAAAAGAUAGAGGCAGUAGUAGUAGUCACGCACACACACACAUUGUUUAGGAAGAGAGCGGGCCUGCGACUUCGCCCCUUCACCCCUGCGGCGUCCGCUGCAAACGGAAAUCGUUGUUUACCUCCUCCCUCCCCCCCCCCCGUUUUUUUUUUUCGCCGGAGUAGCACGUGCAACAACAGCGCACACUCACAUACACCAAAAACAAGCAAGUAAGAAAAAAUGCUGCGAGCACCGGUGCACCACGCGCACUCGAUGCGUUCGCACGCUGCGUGCUGCACGGCGGCGGCCGCCAUCGCAGGUGGCAGUGGUCUUCUCGGCACGGAUGUCGUGUUCCUCUCCCGCGGCCACCACGUCCGAUCUUCGCUGCAUGAACAGCGCCGUUACUCCUUCAAGUACGCCACGAAGCGGCAGCACAAUGAGAUGCGUCAACCCUUCUUCAUCCACGAGAAGCGCUACGGCCUUUUCAGCAAUGAGCACAACAUCGGAAAGGCGCGGCGUGGCCUGCCGCACAUUACGCCCAUCUACACGAAGCACAUGCAUCUGUGGGAGACCGACACCGACGCCAGCACGAAUCGCUUCUUCCGCAGCUACGUUUUUGGGCAGCGCGACCUGCACACCCUGCUCGGUCGCCCGCACGGCUUUGAAGCCGAUCAAGCCGGCGGUCGGCAAGGCGACUCCGCCUACGAGCUCAACACCGAUCAGCGUUACAAGGGAGUGCCGCGGCCCGCCAUCACGAACCUGCACUACGAGCCGCAGUGGAACCGCACGCUCUACCGCAACGCCGCCCACGGCAACGCGCUGGCAGACCCGACUUCGGCACUGACAACCGCGGUGCUCGGGCCGGAGUUGGUGGAGGUGCGCGACAUUAAGUCCGUCGAGCACUGCAAGGCGUGGUUUGAGAGACUUGCUUUCUUAGUGCAGCAGCACUACGACGCGGUGGGUGACAUCGGCGCCUUCCGCUCGCGGCACACGCGUCACGUGCACGAGUUCUUCGUCGCCUUCCACGACGCCCUGAGCAGCUUUGACUUCCAGGACGCCUACCUGCUCGACCAGUUCGCCAAGGUGCGUCCCCGGCAGCUCGACGACCUCUUUGCGAUCUUUAUCGAGAUGGAGGCGAACUACGUCCAUGAAGACUACUGCCCGCGGUGCAGCCUGCCGUAUGCGACGACGCACUACUGUGGCGAGGGGGACCCGAACACGCCCUUCCGCAAGCACCGCGGCCGCUGGGCACCACAUCAGCAAUGGGGGAGGGAAUGGUACGACGUGGUGAUGCGCCGCGCAGAGGCGCUGUGGUACCGCGCGACGGAGGACCCGUUUUUUGGCACUUCAUCGCACACCCAACGCCAGGUGGAGGCCCUCGUCUCGGUGUACGUCAAGACGAAGCAUCGCGCCAAGCUGGUGGACUUCCUCCACGCCAUCCGCGGCUCGAAGGAGUACCUGCUGGGUGCAAUUCAGAUCACCCCGGCGAUGCAGCAGGCGGUCGACACACUGCUCGACAGCACGGCGCACCAGCACCUCCUCACCAACGCCCACACCUUGGAAAGCAAGGCAGCCAAGUACACCGGCGAGGCGCAGAGCGUUCCGCACUCGCCACUGCAGAUGCGACUGGAUAUGGAGAUGAACAAGUACCGCCGUCAACAGAGAGAGGAGGGCGUCGUGCGGGUGCCACCGGCGGCGUGGAAGCUGGACACGUCCGCCAUCGUGCCCUACAAGAUCGACCCGCAGACGAAACAGGUGACGAACUGGCGGGCGGUGAAGGAGGGCAUCGAGAAGUCGUUUCUCGCCACCGGUCUGCCGCAGGAGGCGUACACAAGUGAGGAGUGGCGCGAGAUGCUGUACUUAAAGGAGCGCAUCGCCAGCCGCGGCACCCGACGUGCGCAGCUGGAAGGGGAGCGCCAAUCGGCGGAGGCGACCAUGGUGCGCAAGUACGGCGUCAACGCUUCCUCUCCGGCAGGAUGGUGUGUGUUUCCAGAUAAGGACUGGUACCGCGUCUUUGAGACGUCCGCGGAGGCACUAAAGCCGUUUGGCGUGACGCGCAGCGGUGAGAUGUGUCUUGUCCGCACGAAGGUGUACCCGAAUCCGGCCGCCGUGCCCUACACGGACCCCAACCGCAACGUCUCCAUGAUGCUGGACACCACGCCCGCGGCCUGCGCCGUCUUCGGUGGCUUUCAAUCGGGCGAGGUGGUGCGUCUCACCCCACACGAGAGUAGCACCGAUAGCAGCGAUGGUGGUGGCCCGGCCGCUUUUGAGGUGGUCAUCGUCGGCGUCGACAAGAGCGGCGCGGGGGCGGAGUGGGCGCUGUACGCUAUGCCCCGCGACGCGGCCUCACAGGCCAGCAGCGGCCUGCUCGCCCUUGGCACUGACUGCCUCGCCGUGCUCUCGAGCUACGCGAAGGUGGAAUCCACCGGGCUGCUGGCCCCCGUGACGGUGCUCGAUGCCCAGCGGGGUCUGACCGAGGAGCAGCUGGGGCAGGUGGUGGGGGUGCGCCAGGGCUGCUUGUACGUGCAGUGGCACCUUCUGCCGGGUGGCAGCUCCGAGCUGGACCGCAGCGUGGCGACGCCGCUGGGCACGCCGGAGGUGGUAAAGCAGCUAUACCAACUGCGCGCCGUGUCGAACAACGAUGGAAGUGGCGCUCCACAGCCACCGCUGCUGCUGCAGGAGCCGCCGUCGUGGCGCACGCCGUUCCGGAACGACUUUGUAGACGAGCGCCUGAAGGAGCUGGAGCAGGCCCCUUUUCAACGUGAGCAAUGGGCGUCGCUCAUCCAAGGCAAGUACACGCCCAAGGUGAAGAAGUUCGGCUACGCACAGCACACCACACAGGACGACUUCCAAACGAAGGAGUACAAGGACCGGCUGCUGGCCCGGCAGUUCUUCACGAACCCGCAGGCCUUCGCCGUUAUCCCAGAGAGGCACGAGCGCUCGGUGCGGUUUAUGGGUAAGUGGGAGCACCAGCGAGUGUCGGGUCUGCCCACGGUGGACCGCGAGGAGUUGGAGCGCGGCUGGGGGGAGGCGGAGACGAUCUCCGACGCGGAAGUCGGCGCCAUUGAGCAGGCCCUGCGGGACAUCAGCGGGCGUCGCCCCGGCAACUUCACCAAGUCCGCGACAGAAACGCAGUCCCUCCGACUGAAUGAGUCGUGGUGGUCGCCGCUGGAGUACGGCUGGGAGCAGCACAACCGCGAGCAGCGUGCCUUCCUCGACUCGAGCGAGCGCCGCAUCAUCGAGAGCUCGCGGCUGCCCUUCGGUGGCAAGAAGCCCCCGUUCGGCACAACCUACGGCAUCGGCGAGCGCAUCAGUGAAAUUGCGGCCGACUACGCCAAGGGCUUCGGCUUAGGCCCACACGGACACUCACCGCAGCACGACAGCUCCCAUUUUAACACCCUCGACACGGAGCAGCAGCGCGUGCAGACGCUCGGGCUCGGCAACGUGCUGGUCCGGCUCUUUCAUGAGAAGCUGGGCAACCAAGAUAUUCAGUCCUGGGCGGCGCAGCAGUGCGGUGAGUCAGACGCCAGCGUACGCCACCUGCUGCUCUCGGUGGAAGAGUGGCGCACAAAAGGUCGCACGCCAUCGCUGCUGCUCCGCAACGUGCUGCAGCGCUACUUGAAGGACGAGCUGGAGCUGUUCAACAGCGGCCUUCCAGUGGGUGUGCCUCGACUCGCGGUGCCGUCUGUCGUCUCCGACCGGGCCGCCACAACACACGACGGCAACAUCUGGGCGGACGUGGACCGCAACGCCUUUGCGCUCGCCCACGCCGCUCAGUUCCACCACGGCGACAGUGAUGAGCCCUACAUCGUCGGCCUCGUGCAGCGCGCCAGCAGCGGCAGCGGCUCCGUCGUCGGCCCGACCGACAACAACUACACGGAGUUCAUUCAGCAAGACAUCAUGCAGCGCUUCCAGACGGACCUCGCCCGCAUCGUCGGCCGCGGCAUCCCCGACUCGGUCAUCAGCGAGCGCACGGCGAAGAACAACCGCGGCCUUGAGCGGGCGAGCGGCAACGUGACAACGCUGGUGCGGGUGCAGGAACUAGCGCGACUGCUCGCCAAAAUGCGCGUCACGGCGGACAACAUCGCCCUCGUCACCCGCGGGCUCGCGCAGUGUCCGGAGAAGGAGCCGCUGGACGGUAUUCAUGACUUUGCGGUGCCGGUGUCGCUGAUCCUCAGCUGGGCAGGGCCGAGUUCCAGCGGCAGCACCGGCGCUUCGCCGCAGCAGCAACGCGGUGGUCACGGCCUGAGCAGCAGUGUGCAGCAGCACCUACUCGACAGCUCCCGCCAGCGUGGCGGCAGCGGCGGCGGUGGCGGCAGUGGUGGUGGCAGCUCGGAGAAGAUGGUGGUGGAGGUGCUGGAGGAGCUGGCGUGGAGUCGCGACGGCCUCGCGGCGGACGUCUUCUACGCCAUUCGGCAAAACAAGGCCAACCCCACGCUCCAACAGGAGUUCAUGAACGCCUUCUUGCCCGUGUACGAGCACAACUUUAAGAAGGUGCAGGAGAAGUUUGACGACUACACGGCUGGCAAGUUCGUGCCGAACAUCACCGUGGCCAUCGAGGCGUUCGUGAAGUUUCUGGCGAACAUGUCGAACCGUCCGGAGCAGCUGACGAGCGCGGUGGAGUACUUUGAAAGGGACGACGAACGGCGGCUGGACGGGGGCGGGGCGACGGGGCAGUACACGCAGAUUCGCCUCCUCCCCCCACACCUCGGUCCGUUCCAGUUUGAGAGCACGCUUGUGGAGUCCAUCGAGACGGCCGAUCAGUUCCGCCGCUACGGUGUCCAGGCCGGUCCGACGCGUGCCCCGGUGACCGGCUUCAUUGCGGCGAACAGCAAGUCGCUCACCUACCGCACCCACCGCGAGAAGGACGUGGUGUACGUGACCUCGGCGGAUGACCAAGGGCUGAGCAGAGCCCUGCGCUCGUCUCCCGCCUUCAAGGACAUCACGAGCAAUCCCGCGCUGUCCCACCUGCUGAAGGAGAGCGGCGGCCACCAGUACCCGGGCCUCAUUGCGAGCUUCAACCGCUUCUUCUACCGUGUCGCCCCGAUGCUUAGCUUCUACGAAAAGGUAAUAAAGGACUACGCCGAGACGGUCCCGCUGGCGCGUGCGGAGGCGCAGGCAGCGAACUUCGGUCUCGCGCGUGCGCUCGAGAGCGAGGCGUCGACGACGAUAGAGCAGGAAUUCCGCCGCAACGCGGAGCGCUACUGGCGCAAUGUCCUAGAGGGCCGCAGCGUAGAGGAGGCAAGCUUGAUGGGUGGUGGUCGGGCCUCGUCCAGCGCCGUGGGCCGCCGCCCACCGCAGCAGAGCGGCGGCGACGGGCCUGGCGGCAGCGCCACUCCACGCGGCGGCACGAGCGAUUACAUCUUGGCGAAUGCCAUCGGCCGACGGCCCGUCGCGGCAACGGCAGCGGCGUCGAAGGCAGCCGACGGUGCCGGUGUGGGUUCGAGUGACCGCAGCCCGUCGCCCUCCUCACCGUCUGCUGCGCGUCGCGGCGGUGCUGGUGGAGCGCCUCGCACCUCCACGUCGAGCGACGUGAAGUCCCUGCUCGGGGCACUGAAGGGCGGCGCGAAGGGCGGAAGCAGCUCGUCGAGCGGUCGGUCCAACAACCGCGGCGGUGGCGGCGGCAGCCGCCCACGCGGCAGCAACGGAGGACGGCCGGGCAGCAAGUGA